GGGUCGCGGUCCCUUUAAGGUGCCCGGCGCGGAGGCGGGGCCGAGCCUCCCGGACCGGAAGUUGGAUGGUUGCGUCACUUCCUCCCGGAAGUAGGCCUCGGCGGAUGUCUCCGUGCAGGGGGCUGAGGGCCGCGGUGGCUGCCAGUGUGGGUUUGAGUGAGGGCUCGGCGGGCUCCGCCCGGAGCGGCCGCCUCCUUCGCCCGCCGAGCACCUCUCCGGUGGCGCCGGGGGCCCGGCUGUUGCGGCUCCCAGGGAGCGGGGCCGUGCGAGCCGCGAGCUCCGAGUGCGCCGGCUGGACCGAGACGCUGCGGGCCGCCGUGGCCGAGCUGCGCGCCGGCGCCGUAGUGGCCGUGCCCACCGACACGCUGUACGGCCUCGCUUGCUCGGCGAGUUGCUCAGCGGCACUGGGAGAUGUGUACCGCCUCAAGGGCCGCAGCGAGGCCAAGCCGUUGGCCGUAUGCCUGGGUCGCGUGGCCGACGUCUACAGGUACUGCCAUGUGAGAGUCCCUGAGGAGCUCCUGAAAGACCUUUUGCCAGGACCAGUGACCCUGGUGAUGGAACGCUCGGAAGAGCUGAACAGGGAUCUGAACCCCUUCACUCCUCUUGUAGGCAUCCGGAUUCCUGACCAUGCCUUCAUGCAGGACUUGGCCCAGGUGUUUGGGGGACCUCUUGCACUCACCAGUGCCAACGUCAGCUCUCAGACCAGUUCUCUGAAUGUCAAGGAGUUCCAGGACCUAUGGCCUCAGCUGUCCCUGGUCAUUGAUGGGGGGCCUAUUGGGGAUGGCCAAAGCCCUGAGUAUCGCCUCGGCUCAACUGUGGUCGACUUAUCUGUGCCUGGAAGGUUUGGCAUCAUUCGUCCAGGCUGUGCCCUGGAAAGUACUACGGCCAUCCUCCAACAGAAGUAUGGGCUGCUGCCCUCAGAUGGUACCUGCUCAUGAACUGGGGUGGGGGAGGGGGACGAAGGACUUGUGUGGACACUGUGUGUCUGUCCACUGGCAGUUGGCAAGGCCUCAUCUGCAGAGGCUGCUGGGGCUGCGUCACUAGCCUGACCCCUUUGAGCAGAAUGUCUUUCUGAACACUGUAGACCCAGCCUCAGAAGCUAUUGGUUUAGCUUCAUACCUGGGGAGAAAAAAAAAAAACCGUUGUUGCUGUCGAGUUGAUUCCAACUCAUAGCAACCCUAUAGGACAGAGUAGAACUGCCCCAUAGGGUUUCCAAGGAGCAGCUGAUGGAUUUGAGCUGCCGACCUUUUGGUUAGCAGCCAAGCUCUUAAAUCACUACGCCACCAGGGCUCCAACUUUAUUCCUGGGGAGAAGGUUAUAUUUAUUAUCAUUAAUUUUAUGUUUCAGUCAAAAACUGAAAAAUAGAUUAAGAAUGUUUGUAGAGCGGCUUUGUUUUGUUUUUUUUUUUUUUUUUAAGUGAUUUAAUAAGAUUUGAAAUCUAGUGAGAGCCGCCUCCUUGGUGAUUGGUGGCUUUUAAGGUCCAAAGCAGCUAGAUGUGCCGGUGCUGUUUAUAAGUCUCAAGUGACCAAAGACAUGGAUUUGACCUCCUGAAGCUGGAACCAGGUUAAGAUAAAGAUGUAGAGCGCAGGCCAUACACUGUUUCCUCUGAACCAGGGGGCUGGUGGUGCAAUGUAAUUGCCUGCCAGGGAGAGUCACUCUUUUGGUCUAAUGUGGGAAGUCUGCUCAGCUGGCAGGGGAAGGGGGGGGGGAUCCAAAUUCAAGAAUGUUGGAAAACAAGUUUCUGCCGUGUUUUUCAGCCAGUAAUUUUUUUUUUUAUUUAUUUAUUCAUCUUUAUUUAAAUGCAAUAUUUACUCCACAGCCUUUUAUCUGUAUAUGUAUACCAAGUAUGAAGCAUAAUUAUUGUUGGGCAUUUGAACUUCGUUUUUUUUGUUAAUAUAAAACAAUACUGCUGUUAAACAUUGUAAAUGGUUUAUUUUUCUUUUGUGUUAUCCUCUUAGGGUAGGAUUAUUGGGUCAAAAUAUAUGAAUGUUUUUAUGGCUGUUGAUACAUAUUAGCCUUUAAAAGAACUGAAUCAAGUUACAUUGCCAUCAGCGGUGUGUGAGAAUUGCUGCUUCCCCUACCCUUACCGUAAUUUUACUGUUUUUCAAAUUGUGUACAUGUGAAAUGAUGCCUCGGUGUGAUUACCUUUGUUAAAUACUGCAGGUCAGCAUCCAGCCCUUUUCACCUGUCCCUGCCGGUCUUAGUUUCAACUAAUCUGCAAGUGUGGCCAGGUCGGCCCCUCCAUCCAGUGGGGUUUAGCGUUAGGGACCCGGCUGGAGCUACGUGUCUUUUUGUGGUGACCACUAGGGUCCACUUCCUCCUUAUCCACUUGUGUCUCAGUUACCGGAAUUGGGAUUCAGUUUUGAGUACAUAAAGUUCUUAGUACAGUGGUUUACAGUGCACUUAUUUUCAAGUAGAUCUUAAGAAUCUUGCCAUGGUGUUGCUGGGGUCUGCUAUAACAAGGGUCCCCCCCAUUAGCAUAUUAGUUUAUUUGUGUAUAAAUACUGGUCGUUAAGUAUUCCCUCUAGAAGUCUUGUUUAAACUAGUAGUUUCUUAAGCAACCCCAUUCUUCACUGUGCUAACAGUGUUACCCCCCCAGCUCACACCUCAGUUUGUUGUGAAAUCUGACUGAGGGGUCAGAAUUAGUGAGGUCUUGGAGAGUGCAGAAGGAGUGCUUACUUGAGAACCCCACUUCGUUUUAAUACAACUCAUAAUAGCACUGAAAAUGACUAGUGAGUAGGCCUUGUUCAGUUUAGGCAGCUAAAGGAAGGCGGAUAUCCUAGUCUCCGUGGAGCUAACUGUUCAUCUGGGAAAAUGUAGGCUCCAGAGCACAGAGGUAUUUUCUUAGAGCACUGGGUAAAACUGAAGAAGAAACUUCUAGCUGUGCCCAGGCACUAACUACAAGGCCACACCAAUUAGGGAAAGCUUUAGAACAGGAACUGCUCCUUGGUCAAGUUUUCCCCCAACACCUAGCACAUAGCAAGGAGUUCAGUUACUGUGUGUGGAAUGUGUGAAUGCUUUGGAUUAUCAUUUUCUGAUAAUGGGGUUCAGGAAUCUAUUGGGAGAGCCUAAACCUAGAAUUUCUCUUUAGAAAAUCUCAAAUAUGGUUCUGUAACUUAGACUGGAUGUGGGAAGGAGGUCUGAACAGAGGACACAGACUAGCAGAAGGGAGCAGGGUGCAUGCUAGCCCAGAACCCUAACACCCUUCCAGGAGCAGUGACUGUGGGUGGCUCCACUGUACAACACCAGCCUCUGCAGAGUACAAAGCUAGAAGGGAUUAUUUUGAAGUGCACUAACAACUGGAGCUGGGCUCUGGGCUGAGUCCAGUCACCUGUCAGACUACCGUUGCCUCUGUGGACCACCGCUGCGUUUCCUGUCACUGUAGACAACCCCAGCACCACUUGCCUCAGGAACAGGCUCUGUUCUACAUGGGCUCAGGCUCAGUGGC